AGUUAUAGCCUAUAUAGUAUAGAAUCAAUUGCUAUUUAAUGGAUCACAAAAAAGAAAAUGUGAAAAUAAUUUUAUUUCUUAUUUUACACAUUUAUAGCUUAUAGUUUAGUUUAAAUUCAAUGCUUUUCAUGCUAUUAAUACUUGAAGUGAAUGAAAUGUGAAAUGCAAAAGAUUUUUCUGAUUGAGAAAUAAUGCACAAGAACAUGCCUCAGGAGACAUCUCAAAUGACACUAAAAUCUAUCUCGAUAAUUUGUUCAAACGCUACUUCACAGAUAUGAAAAGCGAGAUUGAGAAAGCUGUCGUAGAAGUGAGUGAAAAAACGGACAAAAGACUAAACGAAAUCGAAACUGAAAACAAGAAACUUAAGGAUGAUAUAAAAGCAGUGAAUGUAAAGUUGCAAGAACUCACUAUUGCAAUGAACGAUACUGCCCAACAAACCCGAAAAAGUAGCGUACGUGUGUUUGGUAUCCCGGAAAACAAUUCUGAAAAUCGUGAAGACUGUGCAGAAGUUGUCUAUGAACACCUCAAAACUAAGAUCCAAAACUUUUCACCUGGGGACAUCGAGGUUGCUCAUAGAGUCCCAGGAGGCAAACCUCAGAUUUCUAACCGUUCAAAACCACGCCCGAUAUUGGUGAAGUUUAAAUUCAGAGGCGUAAAGGACGUUGUUAUCCGACAGAAAAAGGCACUUAAGGGAUCUGAUCUGCGUGUGUAUGAAGACCUUACUCCAGCAAACAGGAAACUUCUUUAUGAGCUCAAACAGCAUGAUGGUAUAUCCCAAGCCUGGACUGUAAAUGGAAAGGUGUUGGGUAAACUCGCCCGAAAUGACAGUAUUGUACAGUACACCGUAGGAGAUCUUCCCCUUGGACCGAAUCUCUAACAAACCAAUCUUACAAAAUGCCCUAGAAAUGGACUAUACAGUAUGUACAUACACUGUAUGCUCCUGUAAAAUCUUGAAACUUACGGCUUUUAGAUGUGAAUUUUCUGAAGCCAAAAUAGCUGGAAAUUUCUAGCUUGUGACUUAAAAUGACAUAUUGAUUUGUCCUCAUUAAGAGCAUUCAAAAAUAAUGGAUGUCUGUAUUUAUCUAAUAAGCAAACAAGUGAUUUGUACAUACACAACGAGAAACACUAUAUAAUAAACAUCAAUACGACGAGAUAAUAGAUUUAUUAUCCAAAUUGAAUAAUAAUUAAUAAGAUCAGUUACUGUUGAAUAACAUUCUGCCCGGGAUUUGUUAUUAAUCAUAUAGAAAUGUCUUAUCCGAACAGCUUACAUGUACGUAUUAUCCGUUGCGGCCAUUAACAAUUUUACAUAUCUAAUUAGCUAA